AGCAGACUUCUCGACAUGUCUUGCGCGGCGCUGUAUCCGCAGGCUCGCAAGCUCGUGUUUGAGCUCAAGACCCAACUGAACUACCUCGAGUCGUCGCCAAGUUUGGAUGUGUUGAGCGGAACCACCGAAAACCAGGCACGAGAGAAUGCAGCGGGCCUCAAGUCUCUCGUGGAGCAAUUGGACUCGCUUGUAUACAACGAAAACCCGAGCAACCGCGAAAUCUGGGCGAAGAAAGUGCACCAAAUUCGUGAAGAGUACACGCUAUUAAACACGACGCUCGAGCGACGCUGCAUUCAGUACAGCCGAUCGCAAAUCGAGUUCCAAGAGCGAGAAAAGCUUAUGUCUCGCCAGCGCCACCAGCAACAAGGGAACGAUAUCCACUACCUCACGCAAGAACACGACUCGCUCCAUCGGUCGUCUCGGAUGAUCAACGAACUGAAUGAACUCGGUGCCGCAACCAUGUCGAACUUAAACGAUCAACGCAGUCGACUAAAAGGCGUCCAUCGAAAAGUUUUGGACAUUGCCAACCAUCUCGGGUUAUCAGGUUCGUUACUGCGUGUGAUCGAGAGGCGGGAGACUGCAGACAAGUGGAUUGUGUACGGCGGUAUUGUCGUUGUCCUCUUGUUCAUGUACAUUUGCGUCGCACACCUACGAAGCUGACGAUCCCUGCCCUCCCAUGCCACAAAAUCGCAGCGCGUCGCACAGGUCGACGCGCUCAUAACACGAAACCAGUCGUGAUUAGUUGCCCCAAGACUGCAUGUCCUUCAUCCCAGUACACCUCGUCUCCAUCAUUC